CGUAGCGGGACGCACUGGCGGGUGCGGCGAGGCGGUCCCUUCGAGUGUGGAAGUUCGCUCCCUGAAGAGAGUGAGGGCGGUUAGGUGCUCCCGGCCACUUUCCCGUCCCCGGGAGAUGUCCUUUGCUUCUCAGAUGUAAUGCACUUUAAGUUUGUUAUUCAACAGUGAAAAUGAGUCAUACAGAGGUUAAAUUAAAAAUACCUUUUGGAAAUAAAUUACUAGAUGCUGUUUGUUUGGUACCUAACAAGAGCUUAACAUAUGGAAUAAUUCUUACACAUGGAGCAUCAGGAGAUAUGAAUCUUCCUCAUUUGAUGUCACUGGCAUCCCAUCUUGCAUCUCAUGGUUUUUUUAGCCUGAGAUUUACCUGUAAAGGCCUUAAUAUUGUACAUAGAAUUAAGGCAUAUAAAUCAGUUUUGAAUUACCUAAAGACCUCAGGAGAAUACAAACUUGCAGGUGUUUUCCUUGGAGGUCGUUCAAUGGGCUCAAGAGCAGCUGCUUCUGUAAUGUGUCAUAUUGAGCCAGGUGAUGCUGAUAAUUUUGUUCGAGGUCUCAUUUGUAUUUCCUAUCCACUGCACCAUCCAAAGCAGCAGCAUAAACUUAGAGAUGAAGAUCUCUUUCGUAUAAAAGAUCCUGUACUGUUUGUGUCAGGCUCAGCAGAUGAAAUGUGUGAAAAGAACUUGUUGGAGAAAGUGGCACAGAAAAUGCAAGCUCCUAAUAAAAUCCACUGGAUUGAGAAAGCAAGUCAUUCCAUGGCAGUGAAAGGACGGUCAACAAAUGAUGUUUUCAAAGAAAUAAAUACACAGAUUUUGUUUUGGAUCCAGGAAAUCACUGAAAUGGACAAGAAAUAAUUGUCUGUAGUUACAAGCUAUGUUAUUUUGAAUACAAAUACAGUUAAUUUGUUAAAGAACAACAUACCUCUCAGCAUUCUGAGAUAUAUUUCAGACUAAUUUAAUGUUCUUUAAUGUUCCCCCAUUUUUAAAACACAUUUUGUGAAAUUAAUGCCCUUUACAAAGUGUCUUUUGAAAGCACUGUUAUAGUUGUAUAAAGGUGAUGUACAAAUAUUGAAGGUGGUCUAAAUAUAAUUUAUUUUCUUUAAUAUAGUUAAGUUUUGAAAAAUUAAACAUUGAAUUUUGUUACAAGAGAACUUUUGUCUUAUUGC